AUGCAAUGCCUUUCUUCACGAAGUAACAUUUGGUGGAGUCGACGUAAUGAAAAUCCACUACCAGAUUGUGACAUCGCACUUGACAAUGAAAAUCCAUCGAUUGAAGCCAAAAUUUGUGGUUAUUGUUUUGCUUCAUGUCAACAGCAGUUUGCUACUUGUCUCUUAAUACAUAUAAAUAAAGCUGUAAACAAUUCGAUUGAAUAUUGCCAAGAAAAAUCUGAUAGAUGUGGACACCGAUGUCUUAAUGACAAACGAACAAGUCGAAUAGCUGCAGCGAACUGGGCUAAAGUUGUCAAAAUAUUGGAGCAAUUCAAUGCCUUAUCACCGAUCAAAGAAGAGUAA